AUGCCGGCGGCGCGGCGAGCCGGCUGCGGGGCAGCGCUGUGGCUCUGGCUCGGCAGCAGCGUCCUCUGCAGAGCCUGGACGGCCCCCUCCGCGUCCCAAAAAUGUGACGAACCGCUGGUGUUGGGGCUCCCCCACGUCGCGUUCAGCAGCUCCUCCUCCAUGUCCGCCAGCUACUCUCCGGGCUACGCCAAGAUCAACAAACGAGGGGGUGCUGGGGGAUGGUCUCCGUCCGACAGCGACCAUUACCAGUGGCUUCAGGUGGACUUUGGCGGCCGGAAGCAGAUCAGUGCCAUUGCAACCCAAGGAAGGUACAGCAGCUCAGACUGGGUGACCCAGUACCGCAUGCUCUACAGCGACACUGGGAGGAACUGGAAACCGUACCAUCAGGACGGGAACAUCUGGGCAUUUCCCGGGAACGUCAACUCGGACAGCGUGGUCCGGCAUGACCUCCAGCACCCCGUGGUGACCCGGCACGUGCGCUUCGUGCCCCUGGACUGGAACGGGGAGGGCCGCAUCGGGCUCCGGAUCGAGGUGUACGGCUGCUCGUACUGGGCUGACGUUAUCAACUUUGACGGCCACGUUGUGUUACCGUACAGAUUCAGAAACAAGAAAAUGAAAACUCUGAAAGACGUCAUCACCCUGAAGUUUAAGACCACGGAGAGCGAAGGGGUGCUCCUGCACGGGGAAGGUCAGCAGGGGGACUACAUCACUCUGGAGCUGAGGAAGGCCAGGCUGGUCUUCAGUUUAAACCUAGGAAGCAACCAGCUGGGCCCCAUAUAUGGCCACACGACGGUGCUGGCGGGCAGCCUGCUGGACGACCACCACUGGCACUCGGUGGUCAUCGAGCGCCAGGGCCGGAGCCUGGACCUCACCCUGGACAGGAGCGCCGAGCACGUCCGCACCAACGGGGAGUUCGACUACCUGGACCUGGACUACGAGAUAACCUUUGGAGGCAUACCCUUCUCUGGGAAGCCAACUUCCAGCAGCAGAAAGAAUUUCAAAGGCUGCAUGGAGGGCAUCAACUACAACGGCGUCAACAUAACCGACCUCGCGAGGAGGAAGAAGCUGGAGCCCUCCAACGUGGGCAACCUGAGCUUCUCCUGUGUGGAGCCCUACACGGUGCCCGUCUUCUUCAACGCCACCAGCUACCUGGAGGUGCCAGGGCGGCCCCACCAGGACCUGUUCGCGGUCAGCUUCCAGUUCCGGACCUGGAACCCCAACGGCCUCCUGCUCUUCAGCCACUUUGCGGAUCACCUGGGCAACGUGGAGAUAGACCUGACGGAAAGCAGAGUGGCCGUUCGCAUCAACGUCACGCAGACCAAGAUGAGCCAGAUAGACAUUUCCUCAGGUUCCGGGCUGAAUGAUGGACAGUGGCAUGAGGUUCGGUUCCUGGCUAAGGAGAACUUUGCUAUUCUCACCAUCGAUGGAGACGAGGCGUCAGCCGUUCGAACUAACAGUCCUCUUCAAGUUAAAACUGGCGAGAAGUACUUCUUUGGAGGUUUUCUGAACCAGAUGCAUAACUCAAGCCACGCUGUCCUUCAGCCUUCAUUCCAGGGAUGCAUGCAGCUCAUUCAAGUGGACGAUCAGCUGGUAAAUUUAUACGAGGUGGCGCAGAGGAGGCCAGGAAGUUUCGCGAACGUCAGCAUUGACAUGUGCGCCAUCAUAGACAGGUGUGUGCCCAAUCACUGUGAGCAUGACGGGAAGUGCUCCCAAACCUGGGACAGCUUCAAAUGUACCUGCGAUGAGACGGGGUACAGCGGGGCCACCUGCCACAACUCGAUCUACGAGCCUUCCUGCGAAGCGUACAAACACCUGGGCCAGACGUCCAAUUACUACUGGAUAGACCCUGACGGCAGCGGGCCGCUGGGGCCCCUGAAAGUUUACUGCAACAUGACAGAGGACAAGGUGUGGACCAUCGUGUCUCACGACCUGCAGAUGCAGACGACGGUGGUGGGCUACCACCCGGAGAAGUACUCGGUGACCCAGCUCACCUACAGCGCCUCCACGGACCAGAUCAGCGCCAUCACCAGCAGCGCCGAGUACUGCGAGCAGUACGUCUCCUACUUCUGCAAGAUGUCCAGGCUGCUGAACACCCCAGACGGAAGUCCCUACACCUGGUGGGUCGGCAGAGCCAACGAGAAGCACUACUACUGGGGCGGCUCCGGGCCCGGAAUUCAGAAAUGCGCCUGCGGCAUCGAGCGCAACUGCACGGACCCCAAGUACUACUGCAACUGCGACGCGGACUACAAGCAGUGGAGGAAGGACGCUGGCUUCCUGUCCUACAAAGAUCACCUGCCGGUGAACCAGGUGGUGGUUGGAGAUACUGGCCGGCCAGGCUCCGAAGCAAAGCUGAGCGUGGGCCCCCUUCGCUGCCAAGGAGACAGGAAUUACUGGAACUCCGCCUCCUUCCCAAACCCGUCUUCCUACCUCCACUUCUCGACGUUCCGGGGGGAGACCAGUGCUGACAUCUCCUUCUACUUCAAGACGCUGAUCCCGCGGGGGGUGUUUCUGGAGAACCUGGGGAACACGGAUUUCAUCAAACUCGAGCUGAAAUCUGCCACGCAAGUCUCCUUCUCAUUCGAUGUCGGCAAUGGGCCAGUGGAGAUUGUGGUGAGGUCGCCCACACCCCUCAAUGAUGACCAGUGGCACCGGGUCACCGCGGAGAGGAACGUCAAACAGGCCAGCCUGCAGGUGGACCGGCUGCCCCAGCAGGUCCGCAAGGCGCCCACAGAAGGCCACACGCGCCUGGAACUGUACAGUCAGCUGUUUGUUGGUGGUGCCGGGGGCCAGCAGGGCUUUCUGGGCUGCAUCCGCUCCCUGAGGAUGAACGGGGUGACGCUAGACCUGGAGGAAAGGGCGAAGGUCACCUCUGGCUUCAAAUCCGGGUGCUCGGGCCACUGCACCAGUUACGGGACCAACUGUGAGAACGGAGGCAAAUGCAUAGAGAAGUACCACGGCUACUCCUGUGACUGCUCCAACACGGCCUACGAUGGGACCUUUUGCAACAAAGAUGUUGGUGCAUUUUUUGAAGAGGGGAUGUGGCUGCGGUAUAACUUCCAGGCAUCCGGCAGACCGGAGAGCCCCCCGGAGCAGCAGGGCCCCCCGCCGGACCUGGCCCGCGAGGAGAUCCGGUUCAGCUUCAGCACGUCCAAGGCUCCCUGCAUCCUGCUCUACGUCAGUUCCCUCACCACCGACUUCCUGGCGGUCCUCGUGAAGCCCUCCGGCAACUUACAGAUUCAGUACAGCCUGGGCGGCACCAAAGAGCCCUAUAACAUUGAGGUGGACCACCGGAACAUGGCCAACGGACAGCCCCACAGUGUCAACAUCACGCGGCGCGAGAGGACCGUGACGCUCAAGCUCGAUCAUUAUCCUUCUGUGAGUUACCAGCUGCCAAGUUCGUCUGACACACUGUUCAACUCUCCCAAGUCGCUCUUCCUGGGGAAAGUUAUAGAAACAGGGAACAUCGACCAAGAGAUCCACAAAUACAACACCCCGGGAUUCACUGGGUGCCUCUCCAGGGUUCAGUUCAACCAGAUCGCCCCUCUCAAGGCGGCCCUGAGGCAAACCAACGCCUCGGCGCAGGUCCACGUCCAGGGCGAGCUGGUCGAGUCCAACUGCGGGACAUCCCCGCUCACCCUCUCACCCAUGUCGUCCGCCACCGACCCCUGGCACUUGGACCACUUGGACUCAGCCAGUGCUGAUUUUCCGUAUAACCCUGGCCAAGGCCAAGCUAUAAGGAAUGGAGUCAACAGAAACUCGGCCAUCAUUGGAGGGGUCAUUGCUGUGGUGAUUUUCACCAUUCUCUGCACCUUGGUCUUCCUCAUCCGGUACAUGUUCCGUCACAAGGGCACCUACCACACCAACGAAGCGAAGGGGGCAGAGUCGGCGGAGAGCGCGGAUGCUGCCAUCAUGAACCACGACCCCAACUUCACAGAGACCAUUGACGAGAGCAAAAAGGAGUGGCUCAUUUGA